AUGCUACUUAAAUUAAGUCUCGUAUUCACCAUUUUUUGGCUUUAUCAUUGCGUAACCUCCAAAAAGAUACCAUUCUCGGAUUUUUUUCUCCCACUUAGUAUCGACGGAUAUCUAUGUGGAGAGAAUCUUUACAACAUCUUGUCGAUAAGAGAUGCGGCGACGAAAGCUCAUCGAUCUUUUCUCUUCGAAUCACCACCAUCAAAAUUUCCUGCGUAUUUCGAAGACUGGUCUACCUUCAGUGUUGUAGAUGAGAUUUUCCUUACCUGGCCACUUAUAUUGUCGGAUAGAAGCUCUUCUACAAUUGGGAGAGAUCGAGUUGUUAUCAAUUCCAAGGGACAAAUAAUGGGCGCAAUAACUGUGAAUUUCGAUGAAACAGUUAAUUCCGCAUCCAAUUACAAGAAAUGCACUCCAAUAAGCUUCAAUCCCAGCCCGGAAGAGAAUCUAUCUGCUGAUUUAGAUCUGUUCUGGAGUAAGGAAUAUCCUACGAUGGGAUACGGGUGCGGCCCAUACUUAUUACCAAAUUUGGAAAUCGAUCGACUGCGGAUAUUCAUAUCUAAUCGGCACUUAAAGAGGCAGGUCCAGUAUAUGCGAGGGACAGAUCAACCUAGAGAAUACACAGGUAAUUUAUUUAACGGAGAUAAACUUCUAGCUUACAAUCCCUAUAAAAAGAAUGAACUUGGAAGCGCCUCUGGCCAAUCUAUGCCAUGUCGGAUUAUUUUUAACUUAAGUGAGGGCAUCAAAGGGGUCAUAUACGGCGCUAAUUUGGAUACUAAAUGUCAAAAAGUAUUCGAUAUAUCAAAACUAGUGUACGACCCCCCUCAAAUUCCAGUAACUAUUACAGACUACGAGAAAAUGGAAGAAAAAAACCGAGAGUACUCGUGCGCCAAUGAGAUGUUGAGGUUAGGGCUUGUUUUGAAUUUCAUAAAUUUCGCCAAGGCUCAGAUUUCGCGAGGCUUAGUAGAUGAUGGAUCUCAAUAUCCUAUUUUACAAGAUUCGAACUUACUUUUGUGGCCCAUCAGGUUACCAGAAAAAUUAAAUGACAAUUUGCCAAUUAUAUUUGCUGUAGGUUAUAGUCUAAACGACAAAAAAUUUGAGGUAUACUAUUCGUUGUUACUUCUGGAUAAGUAUAUUAAAUACACUAAAUGUUAG